CAGGCGCCGGGAGCGUGGGCUGAGGCGCGUUGCCGCGCGCCGUGCGGGCUGCGGCAACCGUCGGCCGUCGGCGCGGCUUGGGCGGUUGUCUUGGAGAAGCAAGAUGGCGGCGACGGCGGCCGCGGUGGUGGCGGAGGAGGACACGGAGCUGCGGGACCUGCUGGUGCAGACGCUGGAGAACAGCGGGGUCCUGAACCGCAUCAAGGCUGAACUCCGAGCAGCUGUGUUUUUAGCGCUAGAGGAGCAAGAAAAAGUAGAGAACAAAACUCCUUUAGUCAAUGAGAGCCUGAAAAAGUUUUUAAAUACGAAAGAUGGCCGGCUGGUGGCUAGUCUCGUUGCCGAAUUUCUUCAGUUUUUCAAUCUUGACUUUACCUUGGCUGUUUUUCAACCUGAAACUAGCACAUUUCAAGGUCUCGAAGGUCGAGAGAAUUUAGCCCGAGAUUUAGGAAUUAUUGAAGCAGAAGGUACGGUGGGUGGACCCUUAUUAUUAGAAGUGAUCAGACGCUGUCAACAGAAAGAAAAAGGGCCAACCAGUGGGGAAGGUGCGCUAGAUCUGUCUGAUGUACGUCCUCCACCGAAGUCCCCAGAAGGAAAAACAAGUGCACACAGUGCCCCCAGUAAGAUACCAAGGUAUAAAGGACAAGGUAAGAAGAAGCCAAGCAGGCGGAAGUCUGGUGCCAAGAAGGCCAGCAAUGAUGCUAGUCAGAGUGAUACCAGUAUCUCAUCAUCAGAACCAAAGAGCAAAAGUAGUCUUCACUUAUUGGCCCAUGAAACAAAAAUAGGAUCCUUGUUAAGCAACAAAAGUCUAGAUGUCAAAGACGAAGCUGGUCCUUGUCCAGAUGAAGAUGAUAUGGAAGGAGAUUCUUUCUUUGAUGAUCCCAUUCCUAAACCAGAAAAAACCUAUGGUUGGAGAAGUGAACCUAGUAAGCAAGUAGGAAGCCUUGCAUCUCUCUCGGACGCCCCCCCCUUAAAAAGUGGACUCAGCUCCCUUACUGGAGCUCCCUCAUUGAAAGACUCUGAAAGUAAAAGGGGAAACACAAUUUUGAAAGAUCUUAAAUUGGUCAAUGAUAAAAUUGGAUCACUUGGUUUGGGGACUGGAGAAGAAGAUGACUAUGCUGAUGAUUUUAAUAGUACCAGCCAUCGCUCAGAAAAAAGUGAGCUAAGUAUUGGUGAAGAGAUCGAGGAAGACCUCUCUGUGGAAAUAGAUGACGUCAAUACCAGUGAUAAACUUGAUGACCUGACACAGGACCUCACUGUGUCCCAGCUCAGUGAUGUUGCGGAUUAUCUGGAAGAUGUUGCCUAGGCGAUGAAAGAAGGAAGUAUUCUAAUUGGCAAAGGACAAAGGGCUCUGAUCAGCUCUUUUUUUUUUCCUGGACAAUCUCACUCUUUGCUGGAACGUCUGCUCCCUGUUGGUGCCUGUGUUUCAAAAAGAUGACAUAUUUUUAAAAAUUAACUUUUCAUUAUACUAAACAAAAAUGCUCCUAUUUGAGACCAUGUGUGGAAGAUUUAAUAUUCUUAAUUUGGUUUAGCUACAUGUUUCUCUGUGGAAGUUGAUUACGCUCAAAUUCACUACAAGGAGCGAGCCUGUGAAAUGCCAGUGUUAAGCGCAUGACGAAGGCGCCAGUAAAGCCGUAGGUUCCCAAAGCUCCGCGUGCGCGCCUGUGGGGCAGCCGCCUGGGGUCAGGCGCUUCGGCAGCAGGUGGUUCGUCUGCAGUCAGCGCGUUCGGCAGCAGGUGGUUCUGCAGGUAGUUGGCAGAUGGCCUGGAAAAUCUGCAGUCCUGAAGCCCAUCACUGUAAGUUACAUUUGAUAGGUUGACUUUAUUUCAUAUUUCCUUCCAUUUGGAAGGUUUGUUAGACCAUUAAGGUUAUAUUAAAAUACUCAUGUGUGUGCUACUUAGUUUUGCUUGUUUUAAAGAUUAAAAUCCAGAUGUGGUCAUGACUUUUGAUUCAUGGAAUUGUCUCUGACAGCACUUGCAGUUGCUGCGCUAUGUCCAUGUAAGAAGCUUUAUUCACAGGUUCUCCUUGUCAUAGUUAUAAUUUAUCAUUUGUAAAGAUGCCUUGAAACAUGUUAAAUACCAAAAUGCAUCUGAAACCAUUAAGCGGUGCUUUUAUUCAGAUCUGUAAGUUGGUUAUAUUAAAAUCCAGAUUGGACUGUAGCAGUGGUAAUGGCCUAAGACCCUAUCCAGGUUGACGAGCUUUAUACACUGUACAUGGUUUCAUCGUAACCCUUAGAAGCUGAGCCAGUGAUAGAAUUCCAGGCAGUCUCGUUUACAUUCUAUCCAUUGUGCUGCUAUUUAUGUAGGUUGCUGACAUCACUGAUCCUGAAGUAUUAAAAAGAACAAUUGGAAGUGGUGCGUGCAUGUUCAUAUUGAUGUAAGUAAAGCUGUGAUUGUGUUAAAUUUUGUACUUUUUAAUUUCAGUUAAAUUAAAGCUUUUUAUUAAGUCACCUUUAUUACUAAAAGGAGCAAAUUAGACCUAAUUCAUUGAUCUCAAGAAGUGAACAGACUUUGUGGUUUGUAUUUCAUUUCAUACUAGUCUAAAUAUUACAGAAAUAUUUACUAGGCUCCGAAAUGUAAAGGGAAAUGAUAAUGUAUGGAUCAAGGUUAUGUGACAUUAGAAUCUGAUUUUAUACAAUUUAAGUGAAGCUGAGCCGUAAACACCGAGAGGAAGCAGGACAGAAUGUGGGCCAGGGCAGCCUGGGAGCUGCUCUGCCAAGCUGCCCUCAGUUUGUGGGCCGUGAUCUCAGUCUCGGUCAGGCUUUUUGUUUCAUGUGAGGAAAUAGCGCUGCAUCAAGAUGUAGUCUGUUGCUAAAAGCCCCCCAAUGUGCUCUCUGUAAAAUGUAUUUCCUUGGAUGUCAUCUCUGUGAAAAGUCAUUUUCUAUAAAGAUUGUGGUUCUGUUCUGGCCCUCUGGAA